AUGAACUCCACCACCAGAGUCACCGGCGACCAUCGCUCCCCGCUCCUCCAAUUCAUCGGCAUAGUCCCUGCCCUCACCGGCGCCACAGACCUCUGGCCCAACCACGGCUUCUACGUCCAGCUCUCCGACUCCCUCAACUCCACCUACGUCUCCCUCUCCGAUCGCGACACCGACCUCAUCCUCUCCAACCGCCUCCAGCUCGGCCAGUUCGUCUACGUCGACCGCUUCGACCCCGACUCCCCUAUUCCUAGGGUUUGCGACAUCCGCCCAAUCGCCGGCCGCCACCCCUUCGUCGGCGCCCCCGAGCCGCUCAUCGCUCGUAUCUCGUCGUCUUCGAGGAAGGAAUUCGUGAUCCAGCUUGUCGAAUCGUCCUCCGAUUCCUCAAUCGACUCGAUCGCGCCGUAUUUGUCCAACAGAAAUUCAGACAAUUCGGCGAAGAACAACGACAAGUUCGAGGAGAAGAGUGUUAGGAAAGCAGUGAGAACGCCUCUCGCGCCGCGAGACAAUGUGCAAGCUGGAAAUUCGGAGAAGAAGACGAAGGAGAGAGCUCUGGCACCACAGAGAUUCUCUUCCCCUGCUGGAGCGAGGAGAUCUGCUUCUACCGGAAGAAAGAAUGUUUCUGCGGCGGUGGAGAGAGAUCCGUCUCCGUCAGGGAAACCGGGGAAAAGAUCUUCCUCUCCCGCUCCAUCGAAAUGCGUGGUGCCGAGUUUGGCGGCGGCGAGGGAGGAGAACAGGAGAGUGGCGAGGGAGCCGGCGAUUAUAGUUCCGUCGAGGUACCGACAGCCGUCGCCGAAUGGGCGGAGGAAGGCGUCGCUGAAUCCGAGGAGAGCUUCGCUGUCUCCGGGGAGGAGGCUCUCCGGAGUCAAAGAUUCCGCCGGGAAUAAGAAGAUUGCGGCGAUUGUCGCCGGAAUUUCCAGAGUCUCCGAAGCUCUUGUUGGAUCUGGUAAGAGCAGUAGAAAAUCAUGGGACGAAACUCCGCAGCCUCCCGCAGAGCUGAGAGAGAAGAAUGAGGUGAAGAAGAAGGUGGAUAGAAACUCAAUUCUCCGGACUCGGGCAGCCCUGUCUAGGCGUUUGAGCGAUGCUGGUCGCCAUUCCAAUCACGAUGAUGACGAUGAAGGUGAUGAUGACUGUUCGAGUAUUGAGAAAGGAAAGCUGAAUUCUCCUGGGGGAUCUACUGAUAGCGAGAAGCCAGGUGGUAGAGCAAUUGGGUUCACUGUACAUGAGAAGAAAUGGACUGAUGGAAGCGUUCCAUUUGAUUCAGUUUCAGCAGAACUUGCACUGCUUGGAAAGGAAGCCAUUCAAAGGAGGAUUCUGGCUUCUACAGCAGCAGCAGCAGAAGCACUGGAAGAAGCCAUUGCCACGGAAUCCAUCGUCAGAAGCUUAAGCAUAUUCGCAGACCUUGCAUCAUCAUCCAAAUCCAAGCCCGGGAACCCCUUGCCAACAAUAGACCGGUUCUUCUCCCUAUACGAUGAAGUACACAAGUACACUCAGACUGCUCAAUCCAUCGCCACCAGCCACUCUUCUUCUUCUUCUUCUUCCGAUCACGAGGUCGAAGCUGCUUUAUCCACCGACCUCGAGAUUGUCUCCGUUCUGAACAGAAACAGCACCACAACUGCCACCAUACAUCAUCAUCGUCAACCGUCCAAUUCUGCUCCCUUCCCGAGGAGUGGUUCGAAACGACAGUCCUUUAAGGGAAGCUCUUCUUCUUCGCCGUCUUCAUCAAUGUCGUCUCCAAACGACAGAGCUCGUGUUGCCGCGGAAAGAGGAGGCGCUUGGAGGAGAGGCUACGGGAUGAGUGAAACGGUGGAGUUGGGGAAGAAGGUGGAAGGGGAGAUGGAAUUUUGGUUCGUGAGGUUCGUGGAGGAAGAUUUGGAUGCCGGGUUCAUGGCGCUGGGUGGUGGAGAUGUUGUGCCGCUCGAGGCUGGCUCGAUUGCGGCCAUAAUGUCACAGCUGAAGCGAGUGAACGGUUGGCUGGAUAAGGUGGCGGGAAAAGGGGAGAAGGGCAUGAUUGAGAAGAUUGAGAAGGUGAAGAGGAAGAUAUAUGGGUUCGUUAUUCAGCAUGUUGGAAACGCUUUUUGA